AUGGAUCCCCGAUCGCACCCUUCGCGCCCUCCCUCCACCACCAUGCCUCAGGGCUCCACGCCGCUCUCCUCCACCCCUCUGUCCAGCAUGCCUAUGCCACAGUACUCCAUGCAGCCUCAAUACCCUGUCUCGCAGCCUCACACGCUGCCUCCUCUGCAGCCUCACCACUCGCAGUCGCCUGCGCCGCAUCCCUACAUGGCUCAGCAGCAGUACCGGCCGGACCUGUCUCGGUUUCCCGCGUCGACUCACGACGUGCUCACCAGUCUUAUCCCCCCUCCUAAUGUGCUGCCUCCCGCAUCCUCCGCGCAGACUUACCCGCAGCCUAUCGCCCCGGCUCCCCCACGGGACCGCCGCGACUUCAACGGCAUGCCGUCCGGUGCGUUCAGCUACUCCGAUGGUAAAGCCUGGGGAGGCAUGGGUCACGAUGUGAACGGCGCCAAUGGUUCACCUUACGGUGCCAAGGAACCGCCACGCACGCAGGUCGUGGGCUCUCAGGGCCGUCGUGGCAUUCUGCCCAGUGUCCCCGGUCGCGCCACCCCAGUCACCAACGGUGUCAAUGGUGCUGCGAAGAACACUACGAUUCCUGCUAAGGACGCCGAUGGCAAAUUUCCUUGUCCCCACUGUAACAAGACUUACUUGCACGCCAAGCACUUGAAGCGCCAUCCUCGAGAGACGUGA